CAACCAUUGAUUAUUGUGGGCUCUUCCAUUUGGUCAACUUUGGGGCAGUUUGGCAAGAGAGAACACCUUCAACAGUAGAAAUCAUCUCCACCAAAGGAGCAGAAGGGAAAAAGAAGAAGAAUCACAGGAGACAGAAGGGCAGCAUCUCUCGAAGAGAUUGCAACAAAGAUACAAAAGCCAUGAAUGAGGUGGUAAGGUGGACAAGGGAAAGGCACAAGAUGAUCCCAAAGAAGGCCAUCAUCGUCAUCUUGGUAAUCUUCUCAGCCUUGUCCUUCCUCAAGCUCUAUACCUUAGCACCCACCAUCUCAGAGUAUGAGACUCCUUAUGUAUCCCACAAGAUUAGCCACCAUGACUCUCUUCCUACUGAGGACGCACUCGGCCCGAAGGAGUACCAGCUUCUCUCCAAUCUUAUCUCCAGGAGAGCCCCCUGCAACCUUCUCUUCUUUGGGCUCAAGCCGCAGUUUCUUGACCUAGCUGCACUGAACACUGAAGGCGCUACCAUAUUUCUGGAGGAUGAUUCAGAGAAGCUCAAGACUCAGCUGCCCAAAGGGAUCGGGAUCUACCUGGUGAAGAACCAUGAGAAAGCUGGCAAAGGAUUUGAGCUGCUUGAACAUGCCCGGAAGCACCCUUCUUGCAGGCUGCAGGUGGGUCUGAUCACUGAAUCUGGGUGCAAGCUAGCACUGAAGGGGCUUCCGGAGGUAGUAUACGGGAGGAAAUGGGAUGUGAUUGUAAUCGAUGGACCGAGCGGAGACCAACCUGAGGCGCCAGGAAGGAUGGGGACGAUCUACACAGCAGCCAGGCUUGCACGCAUGGGUGCGAACGCCGAUGUCUUUGUUCAUGAUACUGAUCGCAUGAUCGAGAAGUGGUACUCAUGGGAGUUCCUGUGUCAUGAGAAUUUGGUCUCUUCCAAGGGGAAAUUGUGGCAUUUUAGGGUUGCAGCUCACUCCGGUUCUGAUAGGUUUUGUUCCCAAUCUGCAGUUCAGAUACUGUAGGUGAGCUUAUCCAAUUGAUUUGAAGUCACAGUCUUCAUCAAAAGAUCUUGGCUGCUAAGGGAUUUCCAGACUUUUUGCUAGGUAUCAGCAUCCAUCAAGUAGGUGUUGACUUUGAUUCUGCUUGUGGAUGGCUCUAUAAGUGAAGUUGAAUGAGAUUUAUCUCAUGUCAACUAAAUAGAACUAGCCAGAGUAUAACAAACUUGACAAGUUGAUAUAGUUAUUCUAGUUUGUGUAGUCUUGGUAGCUCAAGAACAAAGAGAGAUUCUAGCAGCAAUUCUAGAUGAUGAGAGCAAAGUUCUAAUUGCAGACCAUCAGUGUUUAUGGUAGAACCUCUUUAGUGCAGGAACAAAAAGGACUCAAGAGUAACGAGACUAGGAGCCAGGUGAUCUUUUGUUCAUCAAUUGGUGUGAGUACACAAUGAGCAGGUUGAUAGAUAACAGCCAAGAUUGAAGAAACAAAGAUGUUUGACGAAUUGUCGGAACUAGCAGAGAGAUUUAUAAAAGUUUAUAAUGUCUGACAUGAACUCUGGGAAUUUAAGGCCAAGCACAGAAGUUAAAGAUGGGUUGACCCAGUGACAAGGCAGCGAUAGACAUGGUGCAGCUUGGGAAUACUAUUUAUGUGAGGUGUGCCUUGAAUUCAAACCUGCACCAGGCCUGCUGUCAAUUUGGAAAGAAAUCAAAUUGGUUAGUUGUGCUUCCAAUUUUGGCAGUUCGUCUUAUCUUGGAUUUUGCAGUCUGUUCCAUUUUCUGCUUAGGGUUUCUUUGCAGCUGUUUUCAUUUACUUCUGCUAUUGUCAACUCAUCUCUGUCUUUACUCCAUAUGUGGCUUAGGAGCCGAACCACAUAAGUCUUUGUGUUAUCAGAUUUCUUGCACUUCUCUCUUUGUUCUUCUCUAUUUAAUAACAAUAAAUUUGCGUGAUAUAGAAACAUCCUUCUCA